AUGGCACUUGCGGAUCGCAACCAUCCAGGAGAUUGGCGCCGACUGGAGGACAUGAGCGCCACACCCCGAGACACAGAACCCCCCGCAGACCCCAGUUUUUAUAUGACACUCGACGAAGCAGAAGUCAUGUCCUGGGUUGAGGUCUUCUUUGACCGGCUGUAUUCCACCGUCCCAGUGGUUGACCGUGCCGAGCUGGGCCGCGACCUCAUGGCCCAGAGACACCAACAUGAUGUUCAGUUCCGAGCAAUGAUCUACUCUCUCUGUGCUUUCGCGAUGAUGCAGCCAGUUCAUGAGAAUGAACUGGGCUUCAUAUCAUCGCGAGAAUCCAGGGCAAAACAGCUGCUCCAUUCGGCUGCUCGCGCGAGGGCUUCAUAUGACUUUGCCGAAAAUCCGAAUCUCGUCAUCAUCAUCACAAGCUUCUUCAUGUUUGCCACCCUGUUUAACCUGCGCAUGCAGAAUUCAUCGUGGAUACAGCUUAGAGAAGCAGUCGAAUGCGGUCGAUUGAUCGGUCUACAUCGUCCAGAGUCAUCAGUGGCACUUCAGCGGAAUCACUACAUCAGCUUUACAGGCCAGCCACUUCAGGAUCUGCAUAAUUACCACGUUUCGCUACGCGCCGCAAGCGUCAAAGAGCUUUCCGGCGUUGUCAUUUUUGACACACGAAUGGCUUCUGCCACGGUAGGUUUGCUGCGACUCAGCAAAUUAUGCAGCGCCGUUGACGAACGCGUCAUCUCAUGCUGGAACUCCAGCUGCUCUUCCGGCCGACAGGCAUGCACAAAAGUCACCAUCGAGCAGGCGGUUCAAGUUUUCAACAGCAUAGAGAGUGCGGCUGCGCCCAGCGAAGACCCCAACGACCCGGAAAACAUUCUUUCAGCUCGCAUAUUGGAGGAUCGCGCUGCACACGAGGGGGUUGAGAUAUUGACCCAGGGGCAAGUCAUUGACAUCAGUAUAUUGCGGUUCUGGCUCACUACAAGAUUGUGGGUUUCCUGCCUCACACACGAUUUGCUGGAUGAGACUUCUCCGCACGAAAACUUGAGACCCUCUUAUAUGGUUCACAUUGCGAGACAGGCCCUGGACAUUGCCAACAUUUGUGGUGAAGAUCGACUGGCAACCCAUGGCAUCGGAAUCAUCGAACGAAUAUACGAUAUUGGCAUGGGGGUAAUCAUGGCAUUGCAGCACUGCGUUGCUGACCCGGCGUCUGCACCGCUCAUCCCAGACUUUGAGCAAUUGCUCCAAAGGUUUUUUCAAUUCCUCCGCGCGACGAGAGGUGGGAAUCAUCCAUUCUAUCAGGCGCUUAAGAAAGCGUUUGACUCCGUGCAAUGA